UGGAGAGUGUGUGGAUGAGUCUCAGUGGAGGACGCUGCAAAAGAUAGCCGUGAAGGGGAAUCCUGAGAAGAAAAACCCAGCAUUUGCCUCUUCGUUUCCUGGUUUUGUAUACUGGAUCAAGGAAAGAAUCAGAGGAGUCUGGUCUGAGGUAUCGCACAUUUCCAGAUCUCCUGUAAGGUUCCAGGAAAAGGAAAGACUCUUGCUGCAGCUACAGCCAUGGAGAUGUCCGAGUUUGGCCCCGCUGCCCCUUACCUGCGCAUGUCAGAAAAGCAAAGGAUCGAAGCUCAGAACCGGACUUUCGACAUGAAGAAAGAUGUGUUUGUGCCAGACGACAAAGAGGAGUUUGUCAAGGCCAAGGUUGUUUCCAAGGAUGGUGGCAAAGUCACUGCGGAGACCGAGAAUGGCAAGACGGUGUCAGUGAAGGAAGACCAGAUCAUGCAGCAGAACCCGCCCAAGUUUGACAAGAUUGAAGACAUGGCCAUGCUCACCUUCCUGCAUGAACCUGCUGUCCUCUACAACCUGAAGGAGCGCUACGCUGCCUGGAUGAUCUAUACCUACUCUGGGCUCUUCUGUGUGACGGUGAACCCCUACAAGUGGUUGCCAGUCUACAAUGCAGAGGUUGUGGCUGCCUAUCGGGGCAAGAAACGAAGUGAGGCCCCACCCCACAUCUUCUCCAUCUCUGACAAUGCCUAUCAGUACAUGCUGACAGAUCGGGAGAACCAGUCCAUCCUCAUCACCGGAGAAUCCGGUGCAGGGAAGACGGUGAACACCAAGCGGGUCAUCCAGUACUUUGCUGUGAUCGCUGCCAUUGGCGACCGGAGCAAAAAAGACCAGGCGGCCACCGGCAAGGGGACUCUGGAGGAUCAAAUCAUCCAGGCCAACCCUGCCCUGGAAGCCUUUGGCAACGCCAAAACUUUGCGGAACGACAACUCGUCCCGAUUUGGUAAAUUCAUCCGGAUCCAUUUUGGGGCAACGGGGAAGCUGGCUUCAGCUGACAUAGAAACCUACCUCCUAGAAAAGUCUCGGGUCAUCUUCCAGCUCAAGGCUGAGAGGAACUACCACAUCUACUACCAGAUCCUAUCCAACAAGAAGCCGGAGCUCUUGGACAUGAUGCUAGUGACCAACAACCCCUACGACUAUGCCUUCAUCUCCCAAGGAGAAACCACAGUGCCCUCUAUCGAUGACGCUGAGGAACUGUUAGCAACUGACAGUGCCUUUGAUGUCUUGGGCUUCACCCAGGAAGAGAAGAACUCCAUAUACAAGUUGACGGGAGCCAUCAUGCACUAUGGAAACAUGAAAUUCAAGCAGAAACAGCGUGAAGAACAGGCAGAGCCUGACGGCACUGAAGAAGCUGACAAGUCAGCCUACUUGAUGGGCUUAAACUCAGCCGACCUGCUCAAGGGCCUCUGCCAUCCGAGAGUGAAAGUGGGGAACGAGUAUGUCACCAAAGGGCAAAAUGUCCAACAGGUGUCCUACUCUACUGGGGCCCUGGCCAAAUCAGUGUAUGAGAAAAUGUUCAGCUGGAUGGUCACCAGAAUCAACAGCACUCUGGAAACCAAGUUACCACGGCAGUAUUUCAUCGGGGUGUUGGAUAUCGCUGGCUUUGAGAUCUUCGAUUUCAACAGCUUUGAGCAGCUGUGCAUCAACUUCACCAAUGAGAAGCUGCAGCAGUUCUUCAACCACCACAUGUUCGUACUGGAGCAGGAGGAGUACAAGAAGGAAGGCAUCGAGUGGGUGUUCAUCGACUUCGGCAUGGACCUGCAGGCCUGCAUCGACCUCAUCGAGAAGCCUAUGGGCAUCAUGUCCAUCCUGGAGGAGGAGUGCAUGUUCCCCAAGGCCUCUGAUACAACCUUCAAGGCCAAGCUCUUUGACAACCACUUGGGCAAGUCGGCCAACUUUGGGAAGCCCCGGAACAUCAAGGGCAAGCCGGAGGCCCACUUUGCCCUCAUCCAUUACGCCGGCACCGUGGAUUACAACAUCAACGGCUGGCUGCAGAAGAACAAGGACCCGCUCAACGAGACGGUGGUGGGGCUCUACCAGAAGUCGGCCCUCAAGCUCCUGGCAGCCCUCUUUGCCAAUUACGCCGGAGCAGACGCACCUUCUGAGACUGGCAAGGGCAAAGGCACUAAGAAGAAGGGCUCCUCAUUUCAGACGGUAUCUGCGUUGCACAGGGAGAACCUCAACAAGCUGAUGACCAACCUGCGCUCCACUCACCCCCACUUUGUGCGUUGCAUCAUCCCUAACGAGAGCAAGUCUCCAGGUGUGAUGGACAACCCAUUGGUCAUGCACCAACUACGCUGUAAUGGGGUCCUGGAGGGGAUCCGGAUCUGUCGGAAGGGAUUCCCCAACCGAAUCCUCUACGGGGACUUCCGGCAAAGGUACCGUAUCCUGAACCCAGCCGCCAUCCCCGAGGGUCAGUUCAUCGACAGCAGGAAAGGGGCAGAGAAGCUGCUGAGCUCUCUAGAUAUCGACCACAACCAGUACAAAUUUGGGCACACCAAGGUGUUCUUCAAAGCGGGUCUCCUGGGGAUGUUGGAGGAGAUGAGGGACGAGCGCCUCUCUCGCAUCAUCACCCGCAUCCAGGCCCAAUCCCGCGGGGUCCUCUCCAGGAUAGAAUUCCGGAAGAUCAUGGAACGGAAGGAAUCCCUGCUGGUGAUCCAGUACAACAUCCGGGCCUUCAUGGGGGUGAAAAACUGGCCCUGGAUGAGGCUCUACUUCAAGAUCAAGCCCCUGCUGAAGAGCGCAGAGACGGAGAAGGAGAUGUUGGCCAUGAAAGAGGAGUUUGGCAGGUUGAAGGAAGCGCUGGAAAAAUCGGAGGCGCGUCGGAAAGAGCUGGAGGAAAAGAUGGUCUCUCUUCUGCAGGAGAAGAAUGACCUACAAUUGCAAGUUCAAGCAGAGCAAGACAAUCUUGCAGAUGCUGAAGAACGCUGCGACCAGCUGAUCAAGAACAAGAUCCAGUUGGAGGCAAAGGUGAAAGAACAGACUGAGCGGCUGGAAGACGAGGAGGAGAUGAACGCCGAGCUGACGGCCAAGAAGCGGAAGCUAGAAGAUGAAUGCUCUGAGCUCAAAAAGGAUAUUGACGACCUGGAGCUGACCCUGGCUAAGGUGGAAAAAGAGAAGCACGCCACAGAGAAUAAGGUUAAGAACCUCACAGAAGAGAUGGCUGGCCUGGAUGAGAUCAUUGUCAAGUUGACUAAGGAAAAGAAGGCUCUGCAGGAGGCCCACCAGCAAGCUCUGGAUGACCUACAAGCCGAGGAAGACAAGGUCAACACCCUCACAAAAGCCAAGCUCAAGCUGGAGCAACAGGUGGACGACCUGGAGAGCUCCUUGGAGCAAGAAAAGAAGAUUCGGAUGGACCUGGAACGGGCAAAGAGGAAGCUGGAAGGUGACUUGAAGCUGACCCAAGAGAGCAUCAUGGAUUUGGAGAACGACAAGCAACAGCUGGAUGAGAAGCUGAAAAAGAAAGAUUUUGAGCUCAAUGCGCUGAAUGCUAGAAUUGAAGAUGAGCAAGCCUUGGGCAUCCAGCUGCAGAAGAAGCUCAAAGAGCUCCAGGCGCGGAUUGAAGAGCUGGAAGAGGAGCUGGAGGCGGAGCGCACGGCCCGGGCCAAGGUGGAGAAGCAGCGUUCGGACCUUUCGCGGGAGUUGGAGGAGAUCAGCGAGCGGCUGGAAGAGGCGGGCGGAGCCACCUCCGUGCAGAUCGAGCUGAACAAGAAGCGGGAGACUGAGUUCCAGAAGAUGCGUCGAGACCUGGAGGAGGCCACGCUCCAGCACGAUGCCACGGCAGCGGCCCUGCGCAAGAAACACGCCGACUCAGUGGCAGAGCUGGGCGAGCAGAUCGACAACCUGCAGCGUGUGAAACAGAAGCUGGAGAAGGAGAAGAGCGAGUUCAAGCUGGAGUUGGAUGACGUCACCUCCAAUAUGGAGCAGCUGAUGAAAGCCAAGGCCAACCUGGAGAAGAUGUGCCGCACUUUUGAAGACCAAAUGAAUGAGCACCGGACCAAGGCCGAAGAGACUCAGCGAAUGGUCAAUGACCUCACCAGUCAGCGAGCCAAGCUCCAGACUGAGAACGGGGAAUUAUCCCGCCAGCUGGAUGAGAAGGAAGGUCUGAUCAACCAGCUCACACGAGGAAAGCUGACUUACACCCAACAGCUGGAAGAUCUGAAGAGGCAACUGGAAGAAGAAACUAAGGCCAAGAAUGCUCUGGCACACGCGCUCCAGUCGGCCCGCCAUGACUGCGACCUGCUGAGGGAACAGUACGAGGAGGAGACGGAGGCCAAAGCGGAGCUGCAGCGCCUGCUCUCCAAGGCCAACUCUGAGGUGGCGCAGUGGAGGACCAAGUAUGAGACCGACGCCAUCCAGAGGACGGAGGAGCUGGAGGAGGCCAAGAAGAAGCUGGCGCAGCGGCUGCAGGACGCCGAGGAGGCGGUGGAGGCGGUGAACGCCAAGUGCUCCUCCCUGGAGAAGACCAAGCACCGCCUGCAGAACGAGAUCGAGGACCUCAUGGUGGACGUGGAGCGUUCCAACGCGGCUGCGGCUGCCCUGGACAAGAAGCAGAGGAACUUCGACAAACUCCUGUCCGAGUGGAAGCAGAAGUUCGAAGAGUCCCAGACGGAGCUGGAGUCCUCGCAAAAGGAGGCCCGCUCACUCAGCACCGAACUCUUCAAGCUGAAGAACGCCUACGAGGAGUCGCUGGAGCAUCUGGAGACCUUCAAGAGGGAGAACAAGAACUUGCAAGAGGAGAUCUCGGAUCUCACUGAGCAGCUUGGAGCCAGCGGCAAGAGCAUCCACGAGCUGGAGAAGAUCCGGAAGCAGCUAGAGGCCGAGAAGCUGGAGCUCCAGUCAGCUCUGGAGGAGGCUGAGGCCUCUCUGGAGCAUGAGGAAGGCAAGAUCCUCCGGGCACAGCUGGAGUUCAACCAGAUCAAGGCUGAUAUUGAGCGGAAGUUGGCUGAGAAGGAUGAGGAGAUGGAGCAAGCCAAGCGGAACCACCUGAGGGUGGUGGACUCGCUUCAGACCUCGCUGGACGCCGAGACCCGCAGCCGCAAUGAGGCCCUCAGAGUAAAGAAGAAGAUGGAGGGUGACCUCAACGAGAUGGAGAUCCAACUCAGUCACGCCAACCGCAUAGCAGCUGAGGCCCAGAAGCAAGUCAAAACGUUACAGGGCUACCUCAAGGAUACCCAGAUUCAACUGGAUGAUGCUGUCAGAGCUAAUGAGGACCUGAAAGAAAACAUUGCCAUCGUGGAACGGAGGAACAACCUGUUACAAGCGGAGCUGGAGGAGUUGCGAACGGUGGUGGAGCAAACCGAACGUGCCCGGAAACUGGCUGAGCAGGAACUGAUAGAAGCCAGCGAAAGGGUCCAGCUUCUCCACUCCCAAAACACCAGCCUUAUCAACCAGAAAAAGAAGAUGGAGUCUGACCUGUCCCAGCUGCAGACAGAGGUAGAGGAGGCCGUGCAGGAGUGCAGGAAUGCCGAGGAGAAGGCCAAGAAAGCCAUCACAGAUGCGGCCAUGAUGGCAGAGGAACUGAAGAAGGAGCAGGACACCAGCGCGCACCUGGAGAGGAUGAAGAAGAACAUGGAGCAGACCAUCAAGGACCUGCAGAUGCGGCUGGAUGAAGCUGAGCAACUGGCCCUGAAGGGCGGCAAGAAGCAGCUCCAGAAACUGGAGGCCCGAGUGCGGGAGCUGGAGAACGAGCUGGAGCUGGAGCAGAAGCGCAACGCGGAGAAUGUCAAGGGCAUGCGCAAGUGUGAGAGGCGCAUCAAGGAGCUCACCUAUCAGACUGAGGAGGAUCGGAAGAACCUUGUGCGUCUCCAGGACCUGGUGGAUAAGCUCCAGCUGAAGGUGAAAGCCUACAAGAGGCAGGCGGAAGAAGCGGAGGAACAGGCCAACAGCAACCUGGCCAAGUUCCGGAAAGUUCAGCAUGAGCUGGAUGAAGCUGAGGAGCGGGCCGACAUCGCAGAGUCCCAGGUCAACAAGCUGAGGGCCAAGAGCCGUGAUAUUGGGGCAAAGAAAGGUCUGAAUGAGGAAUAAUUCUUUGCAAGAUCAGACACCCCGUCCUCUGUCUCACACAGACACUCCCGACUCCAUACCUAAAAGGCACUGGAGAAACCUUUCCCUGCCUCUGUAUAUCAGCACCACUCCCCAAACGUAGAAUAAAAAUAAUCAAACAGCA